AUGCAGACUUUACUGUUUUGUGUAGUUUCUUCAAAAAAAUUCUCUUUCGAUGUACAGAAGCUUACACUAUUGAAUACAUAUCUAAUAUCCACUACUAGAGUGAAAGUUUCACCAACUUCGUACAGAAGAUUGAUACAUAAAUUUUAUUGGAUGCUUGACAAAGAAACUCUAAUUGAACAUGUCAAAUCAACUGACGAGCUUGACAAACCAUUGUUGCCUCCAACCAAGAUAAAUAUCACAACUUUUGCCAACAUUGCUCAAAUUACUCCAGGUCCUACUGUAGAAAUUGAUUAUGGAAAAAAGGUAUUUUUUUGCUUUCAUACUUUUUUGCUCACUUUAUGGGACAACUUCAGAAAAAUUGAAGAAAUUGAAUUAGAGGCUAAAAUGGAAAUGGGUAAAGAGUUCCAUGUAAUCCUUGGAAGGAACAUUGUCAUUUCUUCUUAUUAG